CGGUUAUCUUCCCACAGCCUGAAAGGCAUCAUUGGUUACAUCAUCACCAAGCGUCAACUUGAAGUGUUGCAGUUAGCUUGAAGCUAACUGUCAGAGGAGAGGACGUGAGCAGCUUAACCCGGGGUCCUGCUCAGAGAAUGGACAGUGAAAUCCAAAGAGAUGGGAGAGUCCUGGACCUCACUGAUGAUGCCUGGAGGGAAGACAAACUGCCGUAUGAAGAUGUCACGAUCCCUCUGAGUGAACUGCCUGAGGCUGAGCAGGACAAUGGAGGAUCCACAGAGUCUGUGAAAGAACAAGAGAUGAAGUGGACAGACCUCGCCCUGCAGAGCCUUCAUGAAAACACACCAAGCACUGGAAGCUGAAAGACUUAGAACACAAGUUGCAGCCAUUUUCAGACAAAUCUACAAUUCAUCUCACAACUUCCGAGACUGCAUUACAACAGGACAAACAGGCCUGAAAAAUAAAUUACUACUCAACUAUACUUUA